AUGAGUCUCCUCGAGGAGGAUGAUGUACUGCCUCAGUUUGUAGUUGAUGACAAGCCCACACGCCCAUGGAUCAAACGGGGCACCAGCAGUUCUCCAUUUGAGCCUGGCGAUCGGGUAUUUAUCAAAUUAUCUGAAACAGCAAAAGACGGGCCUUACCUUGUCGAAACCUUUGAUGCUGGUACGGGACAAUACACACUAUGCCUCGAUGAUGGAAAAGGAACCACUGCUCUUGGUGGAAAGAAGUUUGCGGUGGAAUCUCUUUUGCCUGGUUAA